CACAGAAACCAUGGCUGCAAUGUUGAUGGUUACAAUGUUAUUGGAAACCUGUGAAAUCAUCAUUCUGAACUGGGAUUCGAAGAGAUAACAGCUCUAAAGAUACUGAAGAAGAAAAGUUGAUAUUCAACCAGUUACUUGUUACAGUAAUAUUCACAAACUGGCAAGAUGUUGUUUGGACUAGUUGUUAUCGCUCACGUGAUGCAGAUCGUGUUUGGGGAAAAGAAGGAAGAUGGAAAAACUAAGAGACAGAAAAGAGAUGUACAAGCACAAUUGCUCAGAAGUAAACAAAAGCUGGCUAGAGUGCGUGAAGUGAAUGAGGUCUACGAUGCUCAAAUAGACAAGCUCAAUAAAGAGAUAGCAGACCUAGGAGAUUGCAUAGCAUUCCAGAAAGAUCUCAUCAAGCAGAGACAAGCAGAAUUUGAACACCUGGAAAGUGUUAAUGGUGUUUGUCAUUGCAAUGAAUGUAUUGAAAAUGAUAUUAAAGCUAACAGAAGAAAGAGGAUUGUGAAGAAAUAUCAACCCACGGAGGAACUCUGGAUGGAGUAAUGACACACAUAUGUCAUUAGCCAAAAUGAUGAUAAACUUUGGGUGUCCUAUUUAUAGGCACCACAAAAUAGUUUCAAGUCCAGUAUUUUCUAUUUUUCCUGAC